UGUAUAGCUUUACGGCAAACUGAUCACAUCCAGACGUUAUAUUAUAUAUAUAGUUUGUUUUCCUUCUUCGCUUGUUUGAAAAGUGAAUAAAAAAAUUUAAAAAAAAAAAAAACCUAAACUAGUUGUUAUCAAGUUACUAAUUAUAAGAAAUAUCAAAAAAAAGGAAAAAAACAGAAAAAAAUUCAGUGAAAGAAAUAAAAAGUGAGACACAAAAAUGCAUGUAAGCAUGCGUAAGCUCGUGAUUCAAGCGAAACUGCCAAACGUAACUUUGCUAUUAUUGCUAUCAGUAACGGCAUUCGUCAUUAAUGUUGCAGUAGCAGCAAAAGACUUGCCUAAAUCAUUUAGUAAAUGUAAAAGAGACGCGAAUUUUGAUAAAUGCCUCGUCGAUGCAGUCAAUGAGGCUAUACAGGUUUUAAAAUCAGGAAAUGAAGAUUUUCAUAUACCGAUCUUAGAUCCUUUGCACGUAAAAUCAUUGGUUGUUGAAGCUGGGACACCACCAAUUAAUCUUAAACAAACUUUAAAAAAUCUUCAAGUUCAUCAUAUCAUAUCCAGCACGAAAAUACAACGUUAUAGAACCAAAUUGGAAAAGUAUUUGAUUGUCUGUGACAGCUUAACUAAACGCAUUGAAAUGUUAGGCGAUUACGAAAUGUCGGGACGCAUUCUAUUGUUACCGAUUACUGGCAGCGGAAAAGGUAAUCUCACCCUUGUCGACGCGCAAAUUGAACAUCGUUUGAUUGGUGAACCCUAUGAGAAGGAUGGAAGACGUUAUAUGCGUCUAAAUGAUUAUCAAAUCACAAUGAACCCGAGGCGUGUUUAUAUGCAUUUCGAUAAUCUCUUUAACGAUGCUCUUCUUUCUCAGACUAUGAAUCGCUUUUUAAAUGAUAACUGGGAAACAGUGUUUAAUGAAUUGAAAGGUGGUUAUUCGAAAAGUUUUGGCUCCAUAUUUCGUGACAUUUCGAACUUGAUUUUCGAAAAAGUGCCUAUGGAUGAAAUAUUUUUAUCUUAAUAUUAAGAACAAUUUAAUAAUAAGCUAAAUGAUAUUAACAAAUAAUAAUAAUAAAUAAUAAAUAAAUAUUAAGUUCUAAGGUAGUACGUCCAUAAGGGAAUAUGUACAUAGUAUUUGUUUUGUUUCUAUCUGUAAUAUUUAAUAUAUAUAUUAUUAUUAUUACUAAUUUAGUCAGAUAAAUAAAUUCUUAGGUUAAAGUCUUAACGCAAUAGCAACCAAUAGAAGACUUUUGCCUUGAUUGAAAACUCUGCUGCACUGAACAUAUAAAGAAAAGCUUAAUUAAAUUUAUAUAUAAUUAUAAUAUUUUAUU